AUGGGCCUCGCACAACAUUGGCUGGACAAAAGAGGAGUCAGCAUUGGUGUAAAGAACGUGAAUGGUAUGCUAAAAUGGCUGCAAUCCCCGAUGGUCCGUUUCUACGAGGAAUGGACUUGUGGCGGUCCACCCCGAAAUGGUACAUGCAUCCCGUUCUUGUCCAAGAUUGCGCUGGACGAGGCGGUUGUUGCGGACGAAAGUGCGGGUGUUGUCUACGUCGUCAUGAUUCAUCGCCAAAAGAAAGACAUGAAGGAGCUUUUCGAUCUCAGGGUUGAUACGUGGUAUUCAUAUCGGAUUUUGCUUGCGUCGUCUCAGGGGCUCACGUUUGAGGAUUUGGUCGAGCCGUUGGAUCUUGUUGAGGAAGGUUCAGAUACGGGGACAGAGGCGACAGAGGUCACUGAGGGGGGAUACGUAUCUGUGAGUGGGAAGGUAUGA